UUAAUUGAAAUGCCUGCAGGCGUAGAAAAAGAGGCGGACGGUGUCUUUCCCCGCUGCUCAUCACAACCUGUACUUUACUUCUGAACACUUUUUUACUGGAUCAGUGAGCUUUUGCUUUGUGAGGAAUCUCUGCGCCAUCAUGAAUCCGCCCUGUGGAAGAUGCAAUAAACCAGUUUACCCCACAGAAAAAAUAAAUUGCCUUGAUAAGUAUUGGCACAAAGGCUGUUUCAGCUGCGAGGUAUGCAAGAUGGCCUUGAGCAUGACGACCUACAAAGGCUUUGAGAAGAAACCUUACUGCAGUAUGCAUUACCCCAAAACCUCCUUCACCAUAGUGACCGACACCCCCGAGAAUCUGCGUCUCAAACAACAGAGCAUGCUCAAUAGCCAGGCGCUCUAUAAGGAGGACUUUGAAAAGAACAAGGGGAAAGGUUUCAGCGUGGUGGCCGACACUCCAGAGAUGCAGAGAGUGAAGAAGACACAAGACCAGAUCAGUAACGCUCUUUACAAGGAGGACUUUGAAAAGAACAAGGGGAAAGGUUUCAGCGUGGUGGUCGACACUCCGGAGAUGCAGAGAGUGAAGAAGACACAAGACCAGAUCAGUAACAUAAAGUACCAUGAAGAAUUUGAGAAGAGCAGGAUUCGAAGUGACGCGCCUCCUCCUGAAAAUAGACAAGACAAUGAAGAGCAACCCAACCCUGAGAGAUUCAGUCAGCCGAUCGGGCAAAUGCGUCCUGCUGCUGUAGCACCAUCUAGUGGAGGGAAACGUUACCAGGCCAUCUACAGCUACAUGGCAGCAGAAGCAGAUGAAGUUUCUCUCCAGGAGGGCGAUCUGAUCUUAGACGUCGAGCCGAUAGACGACGGAUGGAUGUUCGGAUGCAACCAGCGCACAGGGCAGCGGGGCAUGCUGCCUGCUAACUACAUCCGGCCUGUGUGAAAUUACAGACGUGUCCAACAGACACGAAGCGGUCCACCUCCAGCACGAGCUGCCCUGUGAUUCUGCUGUCACUACCAACAAUCAGGCUUUUUCCUCAAAAUCACUUUUUGCUAAUGAAAAAAUGCUAUUUUUAAAAAAUUUCCCCUGACUGGUUCUGCUUUGCCUUUUGUGUCAGAAAUAUGAUUUUCAAAUUUAAGUAAAGAAGAGGUACUGGUUAUGGGUUCUUGAAAAAUUUGAUUAGUCCAAAUGAAAUUUCCCUUUAGGGAAGAACAAUGAUACUACAGGUUGAAGUGAAAUGGUAUUCUGUCUGUAACAGGAACCCACAAGAGGAAGUAACAGAAGAAAGCACAGGGAAUACUAUUAAAUAAACCUUAAGUUUACUACAGUGCUUAACACAUGUAUAAUUAUUUUUUUUUAAUCUUUAUCAGGUAACAUUUACCUUUUUAUGUACACAUCCUUCAGCAGUUAAGUGCAGCCCAGAUUCUGGACAGAUGCUUUAAAAAAGGUCCAGUGUGUAACAUUAGGAGGAGCUAUUAUCCAGAAAUGGAAUAUAAGUAUGUUUUCAUUAGUGUAUAAUCACCUGAAAAUAAGAAUUGUUUUCACUACUUUUAGACUAAGCCGUUUACAAUCUACAGAGGCCACCAUAUUGCAACCUCCAUGUUUCUACAGUAGCCCACAGACAAGCCAAACGCUGGCUCUAGAUAGGGCAUUUCAUGAGUUUUGCGGCCAGCAGAGUUUCUCCUACAAGCUUGGAAAGGGAGGGUGAUGAGAGCAGUAUUCAAAUGGCUGCAAACUGCAAGUUCACAGCUAGAUGCCACUAAAUCCUACAUACUGUACCUUUCAAGUGUCAAAUCAUUGUGAAAUUGACAUUUUCUACAACCUACUUCACACUGAUAUUGAGAAAGAAAAUCAUACAUUGAUUUAAUCAUGUAAGCUGAUUUAAUUAAAAGUGGAAUAUUUAA